CCCAUCCACUCCGUUCCAAUGGCUCCGCUCCACGUGUCCCUCCUCCUCCUCGUCCCUCUGGUUCUUCCACUUGGGACGCUCCUCUCCGCCGCCGCCUCCCACCACACCUCGCCGGCGAGCACCCCUGCGCACCUCCACCACCACGGCCACCGCCACCGCUCCCCGACGAUGACGGCCACCGCCCGCAUCAACACCGCGCCCUCCAUGCACCAAAACCACCUCGAGUCGGAGGAGAGCCAGUCGCUGCUCGUCCUCGACCACUUCACCCCCGUGGCCCAAGCUCCCUCCGGCGAAGAGGCCAUGGCAGCGAUGGGCGCAGCCGCGAUGGCGGCGGAUCCCACGCUGCUCGACCCACCCCAAGCACCCUCGCCGCCUCCUUCCUUCGACCCCGCCGCAGAUCUGGCCUCCCUGGCGCCGCCGAUGCCGCAAGCGGAGGCGUUGUGGUCCGCGCCGGGGAUGGCCACUCCUCCACCCCUCGACGAACCGGCCGCCACGACGACCACCUUUCCGCUCCCCAACCCGUACAGCGCGGUGGCGAGCCCGCCGGUUCCCAUCCAAGGGAGCGCGGCGGGGUUUGUGGCCUCGGGCGACGACCAGGUGCUGCAGCAGCUCGCGAGGGUGCUCGCGUCGCUGGGGUACAACGAGAUGGCGUCGGCGGCUGCGCUCCUCGACGACUCCCCGUCGGUCGCGAGGUGGCCCGGGGCGAUCACCGUCUUUGCUGCCCCCGAUGUCUUCCUCCACGCCUCCUGCCCCGAGUGCUCGCGCCGCCACCUCCUCCUGGAGCACAUCGCCCUGGGCUACUUCCCAUACUCCGAGCUUGUUGCCGCGCCCACCGUGAAGCUCCCGUCGGCCUCCGUCGGCUUCUGCCUCAACGUCGCCGCCGAGCGGGGGCCGUUCGUCAUCCACCACGUCAGCCUAUACGUCGACGGCGUCGAGGUCUCUCACCCUGAGCUCUACAACGACGGCCGCUACGUCGUGCAUGGCCUCCACGGCUUCGUCCCGCCGCUCUCCCACACCUCCUGCCACGAAGGCUCGCACCACCACCAUCGCCGCCACCACCUCACCGCCAGAUCGGCCACCACCUCCGCCGCGACCGCCGCCUCCGUCGUGCGCAUCAUGAUCCGCGAGGCCAUAUCCCGCCUGCGCGACGGCGGCUUCGGCUUCGUGGCGCUGGCCAUGCGCGUCAAGUUCGGCGAGCUGGAGAAGUUGACGAACCUGACGGUGUUCGCGCUCGACGACCAAGCCAUCUUCACCGGUGGAGGCCACGGCUACUUCUCGUCGGUGCACUUCCACAUCGUCCCCGGCUACCGCCUCACCCGCGCCGACCUCCUGCACCUCCGCCCCGGCACCAAACUCCCCACCCUGGCCGGCGAGGACCAGAAGCUCGUCAUCACCCGCGGCGCCAGCUCCGGUUCCGACGAGGUACUGAUCAACUACAUACCCUUGAAGGAACCUGACGUGGUGAUCAAUUCGCGCGUCGCUGUCCACGGCAUCUACGUUCCGUUCCCCCGCCUCCACCUCGCCAACCUCGCCGCCUCGGUGGCUGUCGCCUCCGCCAUCCAGAUGAACGGCACCUGCGGCGUCGGGGGACCCUUCGGCGACGACUGCGCCUCCACAGCGAUGACCUCUGCGACGAUCCCGGCUGCUCAGGGCUACGGCGAAGGGCAGUGA